CUCGCCGUAGCUUUCUCAACCGCCACCCGUAUCAUUCAAACCCACUUCAGAGCCUUUCUGGUACGCAGAUCAAAAACCCUCCGGCAACUCAAGGACCUUGCUUCCAUCAAGUCAACUGUCAACACUCUCAAAUCUUCCGUCUCAAAGAAUCCUCACUUAGAUCCUCAACUUCUGUUUCGCAAAACCUUAGGAUUGUUGUUCAAACUCGAUUCCAUUCAGGGUGGCGAUCCAAUGAUUAGAGGUGGUAAAAAAUCAAUUAGCCGAGAAUUAACUGGCUUCUUGGAUUUAAUUGAUGGGGUUACCGUGAAAAAGUCUGAGAUAUCAGCUAAACUAGUUACAAAGAAUGCCCCUAGGAAAUGUGGGGUUUUGCAUAAUGAGCAUAAAAGUGGCACCUUUGCUUGUCGUAAUUUGGAGAAGAAUAAGAGAUUGGAGGAUUUAGUUGGCCGGAUUGAUGCAUUGUCUACUAAAGUUCCUAUUGGUCAUAACGCGGAAGAUGAGGAGGAUCUUGAAAUCCCUGGCAUUUCACGGAACAGAACUGCCCGUUCAGGCCACCCAAGUGAUGGAUUAGGAGCUAAAGUGAAUAAGAGCGUGAGCUUUGUGGAGAAUGGUAAGGUGUACAGGAUUCACAGAAAAGGGUUUGAACCAGUUUCAGUUGGGGACUGUGAUAGUAGUGGUGAUGAAAGUUAUUCACUUGGUGCUGAGGGUGAAUUGAAGGAUGACAUUCCAAGAAAGGCUGAAGAAGUUGGGGGGAUUUUGUAGAAAUGGAGGAAAGAAGAAGGAGUUCUUCCCUUUUUGCUUAGAAGAUGCGGACAAAAAUGCCCUUUAAAGAAGUACACUGGUAUUCGUGUGAAUUGGCCUUUCGGUUGCAAAACCGGAGAAAUUGGCUAAUUGGCCUUUCGGUUGCAAAAUCGGAGAAAUUGGCUAAAGGGUGACAUGUGCCCAAUUUUACAAGUUCAAGGGUUUAAAGCCAGCAAAAAAUAGAUGAGGAGCUUAUUUUUAUCUGGACAAAGAGUU